AUGUUUUUGCCAUGGAGCUCGGGACGACCGACUGGCGCCAACGCUGCUAACAUCGCCUUUAAAAAACCUGCCAUGCAGAGGGAUAACGAUUAUAAAGGUUAUGCCGCGAAAGCAGUUGAUGGUGACACUGAGGCGAAUUAUUUUAAAGGCCAGAGUUGUACCCACACACAAGCAGGUCUAGGCAAUAACUGGUGGGCAGUUGAUUUGCAGGCUAGAUACUCCAUCUCCAGCGUGGUGCUGUACAAUAGGAAUUUGUACGGUGAAAGAUUGUCCAAUUUUGAUGUUGUCGUGUUGAACUCUCAGCCAGUAACAGGGACGAAUCUGUUAUACACCAAGAGUCAAGUGUGUGCCCACCAGGAUACCCCGGUAAAGACUGGAGGGUUCAAAAGACUGGCGUGUACAAAAAAAGGCAGAUUCCUGGCCAUAGUCAAAUCAGGGAAAACAUAUCUCACCCUCUGUGAAGUCCAAGUGUUCGGAGAGCUAGGUGAGUAUAUUUUAUUUACCGUUGAUUCGUCAUUUUGA